CCGGGUCGCUGCAGGAAGGAUCCGCAUCCCGAGACUUGAAGGUGACGUUCGAGGAAUCUAUAAGUGCCCUUUAUGUCUCAUCUUCUUCUUCUUCUGCUACUUUAGAAACUUCUGCAUCUGAUCCAUAGAACUUAGGCAUGGCCGGCACGGCUAGGCACGACCGCGAGAUGGCGAUGCAGGCAAAGAAAAACCUGACCACCUGCACAGACCCAUUGGAGAAGCUUCGUCUGCAAUGUCUCUCACGGGGCUCUGCGGGAAUUAAAGGCCUGGGAAGAGUAUUUAAGAUCAUGGAUGAUGAUAACAGCAGGUCACUGGAUUUUAAGGAGUUCUUAAAAGGACUGAAUGACUAUGGCGUGAUGAUAGACAAAAAUGAGGCUCAGCAGCUUUUCUCCCUAUUCGACAAAGACGGAGGCGGAACUAUAGACUUUGAUGAAUUCUUGGUCACAUUGCGGCCGCCUAUGUCGAAUGCAAGGAAGGAAAUAAUCAUGCAGGCCUUUAGAAAGCUGGAUAAAACUGGGGACGGGGUUGUCACCGUCGAAGAUUUGCGAGGUGUCUAUAAUGCAAAAUACCAUCCAAAGUAUCAGAACGGAGAGUGGACAGAAGAUCAAGUUUUUAGGAGUUUUCUAGACAACUUUGACUCUCCGUAUGACAAAGACGGACAGGUCACUCCGGACGAAUUCACAAACUACUACGCUGGCGUCAGUGCUUCCAUCGAUACGGACGUUUACUUCAUCACCAUGAUGAAGAACGCCUGGCGGCUCUAAGUGUGACAAAAACUGAAUUCUUGAACUAUUACUCGGGAGUGAGCGCCUCGAUCGACAGUGAUGUUUACUUUGUGCUGAUGAUGACGAACGCCUGGAAGUUGUGAUAUAUGGAAAAAUAUAUUUUUUUAACUAUUGAAUUUUUUUCAGUUUUGUUGGCAACAUUAUUUAAAAUGUUCUUGCGCCCUCCUUCCCUCCUGUAAGAAGUGCGGGUGAAAACUGUAAUGACUUUUUACACUUCACAUCCGUGGUCUGGACUUAAAAAAAACCCCAUAUAAAUUGGGUGAAGAAUUGGACUCCGCUCACUUGGGCGUGUGAAAUCUCAUCAUGACAAAAUUCUUAAAAUCCUGCACAUAAUAAGCCACAUUUAUCAAAACUGUCUUAAAGGGCCCCGCAAACUCUCCUUAGCUACUCGUAUCUCGCUUCUACUAGAAAUUUUGUAAUAUGCUUACCGUUCAGACAGUUGUGUGGAUCGGCCACUCUGGAACCCGGUCACAUCAGGCUCCUCUCCUGAAAAUCCUGCUUCCUCCGAUGUCAUGUCCUUUAACAGGUUUUCCAGCCUGGACUAUGGACAGGACAUCACUUCUCCCGUGGAUGGACCAGAGCUAUUCCUCAUCCUGGCGCAUGGGCAGAUGAGGACAAUGUCACGUUCUUUACCGGGUUUUCCAGCCUGGGCUAUGGACAGGACAUCACUUCUGUUGUGGAUGGAACCAGAACUGUUCCUCUCCCUGGCCCAUGCACCGAUGAGGACGAUGUCACCUCCUUUACCAGGUUUUCCCACCUGGGCUAUGGACAGGACAUCACUUCUGUUGUGGAUGGAACCAGAACUGUUCCUGACCCUUGUGCAUGUGCAGAUGAGGACAAUGUCAUGUCCUUUAGCAGGUUUUCCGGCCUGGGCUUUGGACAGGACGUCACAUUUGCAGUGGAUCGAACCAGAACUGUUCCUGUCCCUUUGCGCAUGCGCAGAUGAGGACAAUGUCACGUCCAUUACCAGGUUUUCCGGCCUGGGCUUUGAACAGGACGUCACAUUUGCAGUGGAUGGAACCAGAACUGUCCCUCUCCCUGGCGCAUGCGCAGAUGAGGACAAUGUCAUGUCCUUUAGCAGGUUUUCCGGCCUGGGCUUUGGACGGGACGUCACAUUUGCAGUGGAUGGAACCAGAACUGUUCCUCUCCCUGGUGCAUGCGCAGAUUAGAUAGAUUCAGAAGUUUGCGCAUGCUCCAUGCAUUCUGGCCCUGUCCACAACAGAAGUGACACCCCGUCCACAGCCCAGCCACGAAACCUGGUAAAGGAAGUGCCCUGGGCGCAAGAGGAGCAUCAUAUAAUCAGGUUCCCAAGUGGGCGAUCCACACGACUUUGAGACGGAGACAGUAAGUAUAUUGUAAUCUUUCUAUGAGUAAUUAAGGAGGGUCAUGGAAAACCCGUUUAAAGGGGGUGUCUUAGAUUUUGACAUGGAUGGCCUGUCCUCACAAUAGGUCAUCUAUAUCUGAUCGGUGGGUUCAUACUCCUGGCAUCCUCACGAUCAGCUGUUUGAAGAGGCUGCAGCCUCUUCCUAGGCCAGUGACACUCAUUCCAGUGACUGAGCUGCAAUACCAAGCACAGCCACUAUGCAGUGUACAGCGCUGUGCUUGGUGAGCUGCAGCUAAUCGGCGGGCUGCGGUGUGUCAGACAUCCACCGAUCAGGUAUUGAUGUCCUGUCCUCAGUCUUCAGGCCCAGUUUAGCUGAUUUUACUGCUGCAUGUUAUGUAUGACUUUUUAAUUUUUUGAAUGAUUUUUCCAGCUUUAUUGUGGUCAUUUUUAGUCUUGUUUUUUAAUAAUUUUUGCAAAUUUUUAGAAUGGUGAGGCUUAUAGUAGGCAAUAAAUGACUAUUUUCUAAUUUCAAGCAUUUUUUUUAUUAAUCCUAUGGCAUCACACUAAAACACAUUGUCUAUUUGUUUUCAUCAUCUUCUAAAGUUAAUUUAGAUAUAUUACAAGACUGGGCCGGGGCCGGUGGGACGGAAGUGAUUGGUGAGUGCCCACGGAUCAUGUGAUACUAAUGGAGGCACUGCUACUGGCAGUGGUCAGUCGUUUUUGAAAGCCUGGCAUCUGACAUUCAUCUGCUAGACGGCCUACUUGUGCCGUAGCUUGGGUUUAAAGACUAGGUCCACCUACCUUAAGGAAAAAGCAGACCCAAAGCUUGGCUCUGAUUGGUUGCUGUGGACAACAAGGCGGGUUAUUUGCUGAGACAGUUUUGAUAAAUGAGGUCCAUAGAUUCCGGCUGGCCUUUGAUAAGAUGAUAUGGCGGCUCGGGAUCGGCAUGUCCAUGUGGCAAGCUUCAACGGUCCCCUCGAGACCUUGCGUAGACUAAGUACAUUAAAGACAAUUGCAGAUAAUUUAUUAAAAUUUUUGUGCUGCCUUCCAUGAAAAUGGCGUAAAUU